CCACCACAUUUAUCCAUCUUUAGGCCACACCUCCUUUAUCUCUCUCCAUCUAUCCACAUUAUAAAUCACAAUCCCCACAUCUAACCAUACCACAAUAUCUUUCCAUUUUAGCACAACCAUGGACUGGUUUUCAUGGUUAUCAAAAACAACUCUUGACCAUUCACUCAUCUAUGAUUAUGGUCUCAUCUUUUCCCGCAAUGAGCUUCAGUUGGAAGAUGCAACUUACUUCAACCAUGAGUUUCUACAAAGCAUGGGAAUCUCAAUAGCCAAACACAGACUAGAGAUUCUCAAACUAGUCAAAAAAGAACAAGAACUUGAUCAACCAUUACGACCAAAAAACCUUUCUGGUACCAUCAAAAAGUGUCUUAAAAAAUGCAUGAGUGUUUUUCGCGACGAUAGUGUUAAGAAAAACAUGCCUUUACCGGUGGUUCUACACGAACCGAAUUGGUACCAAGGGCAAAAAUGGAGAGGAGCAUUGGUCAAGGAAGAGAAGCAUCAGAGACCUAUAUAUAGAAGCAGAACAAUGCCAUAUUCAGGACCAUUAGAUGGAAGAAUGCAUGAGCAGAAAAUGGUGAGCAAUAAUAAGGCAUUGAAGUUAUCAGGACCAAUUGAUGGAAGAUUGAUGAAUGAGAGAAUGAUGAUUUAUACUAAUAGAAGUCCAUUAAGAAGUAGGGCUAUUGAUGGAAGAUUCACCAAGAGUCCAAUAUCUGGACCUUUGGAUGCAAAAAUCAUGUUUGAGAAUAGAAGUCCAACUAUUACAAGGGCUUCUGUUGAAACUGAUAGCCCAAUGGGUUAUAGUAGUCCUUAUAAUAAACCCAAAGGUGAUUUUGAUUUUGAUGAUGAGCAUUCACUUUGGCCUACACUGUUUCAAGAUCUUAAUCCAACUUGAUUGUUUUUUGUCUUUGUUUUCUUGUGUGAUUCUAUGGUGAGUGAAGAAAACACUUUUUUUUUUUUUUUUUUUUUUCUGUUAAUUAAUAGUAGUUUAUAAUGGUAUAGUAGUAAUAGUGUAUGAAAUUUAUUGUUUUGCUGCAAAAAAUGCUUUCUUGUAGUUUUUAAACAACUUUAUACAUUAUUUUGUUUCAAGAACUGUUCACUUAA